UGUGUGCGUCAGGGUCGAGGUUUCUCCAAGGCCAUGACAGCCAAAGAGGCGCAGGCGUUUGUCGGGGAUGCAUCGUGUCACGUUAACAUCCUGCAGGAUGAUAAGUUGAUCCUGGAGGCUCCUUCAACUCAGCCCAAAGCCAAAACCAAACCCAAAACCAAACGGCAGCGUAGAGACACGGCCAACGAACCGCUGGAGCUGGUGGUUCAGUUUGGUAACGGCGAGUGGAUCGUGGGCUCGGUGUAUUACGCCACCAAAGACGACAUCCCUCUGGCUAUAAUCAUCCCUGCGGUGAUCGUACCUAUGCUGCUCUUCAUCGCCAUCUCCGUCUACUGCUACAGGAGGAAGAGUCAGCAGGCAGAGCGAGAGUACGAGAAGGUGAAACACCAGCUGGAGAAUCUGGAGGAGAGCGUCCGAGAUCGCUGCAAGAAAGAGUUCACAGAUCUGAUGAUAGAAAUGGAGGACCACACCAGCGAUGUGAGCGAGGCCCGGAUCCCCUUCCUGGACUAUAAAACCUACACCGACAGAAACUUCUUCCUGCCCUCGAAGGACGGUGCCAACGACGGCAUGAUAACCAGAAAACUACAAAUCCCAGAAGCCCGCAAGGCCAUCGUGGCCCAGGCGCUUAACCAGUUCUCUAACCUGCUGAACAGCAAAACUUUCCUCAUCAAUUUCAUCCGCACGUUGGAGAGCCGUCCAGACUUCAACGCCCGGGCUCGUGGUUAUUUCGCCUCCCUCCUGACGGUGGCGCUGCACGGUAAGCUGGAGUAUUACACGGACAUCAUGAGGACGCUGCUGCUGGAGCUGAUGGACGAGCACGUGCAGAACAAAAACCCCAAACUCAUGCUGAGGAGGUCGGAGACGGUGGUGGAGAGGAUGCUCUGUAAUUGGAUGUCCAUCUGUCUCUAUCAGUUCCUUCGGGACACAGCAGGAGAGCCUUUGUACAAACUCUUUAAGGCCUUGAAGCAUCAGGUGGAGAAAGGUCCGGUCGAUGCCAAGAUGAAGAAAGCCAAAUACACUCUGAACGACACGGGGCUGCUGGGAGACGACGUGGAGUACUCUGUGCUGACUCUGCAGGUGUUGGUGCACGGAGAGGGACCAGAUGUGACCCCGGUGAAGGUGCUGAACUGUGACUCCAUCACACAGGUGAAAGAGAAGAUCAUCGAUCAGGUGUACAGAAAUCUGCCGUACUCACAGAGACCAAAGGUGGAGAGUGUUGCACUGGAAUGGCGUCCUGGCUCCACCGGUCAGAUCCUGUCCGACCUCGACCUGACGUCGCAGAAAGAAGGACGCUGGAAGAAACUGAACACUCUGGCUCAUUACAACGUCCGGGAUAACGCCACGCUGGUUCUGUCCAGAGUUUUGCACACGCAGUCCUUCCACCAGCACCAAGACAGCUACGAAGAGAAAAACGCUCUGCUUGAGGACGAUAACACCUUCCACCUGGUGAGGCCGACGGACGACAUCGACGAGGUGAAGUCGAAGCGAGGCAGCAUGAAGGACAAGGCGAUGACCAAAGCCAUCACGAGAUCUACCUGACCAGACUGCUCUCUGUCAAGGGUACGUUGCAGCAGUUUGUGGACGAUUUCUUCCGCAGCGUGUUGUGUUCGGGCUCCGUCGUUCCGCCCGCCGUCAAAUACUUCUUUGACUUCUUGGACGAACAGGCGUUGAGACACGACAACGUGGAUGAGGAGACGCUGCACAUCUGGAAGACUAACAGGUGAUUUGAGUUCUUUG